CAAAGCAAGGGGGCAAGUUCGUAAGGCAGAACGCGGUGGAGGUGGUGGACAGCAGUGGUAAGAGCCGAGGGGGAAAGCUCGUGCGGCAGAACGCGGUCGAGGUGGUGGAGGCCGAGGGCGAUGCUCCGCCGGCUGCUCGAGGAGUCGGCGGUGAAGGCCAACAGCAACAGGAGCAGCAGCGGGGCGGCGGCGGUGGCGGCGAUACAGCCGGUCGCCCCCAACACCAGCAAUCGGGGGGUGGGCCCGGCUAGUGGGGGACCCACCGAUCCGAGCGGUGCCGUCGCCGCCGCAGUCGGGCCCCCGGCCCACCUCCAACAGCACAACUCGACCCCACCCUAUCUACCCGAGGCCGACGACCUCGAAUACAGUAUACUUGCGGCUUUCUCGGACAUGGAGACAGUCUUGCUGGCGUGCAUCUCGACGCUGCUGCCUCUGAUCGUCGCACUGGGAAUAGCGUUUGGCAUCAGGCACGUGUGGCGAAAGUACAAGGGCAGGCGAGGCAGCGGCAGCUCGGCGAGUGGUUUGCCGUGGUAUAGGGGUGUCUGCUCGCGUGACGACACGGUCGAGUCCCUGCACCACAGGCCACACUCGGCCGACGGCCAAACCAUCAUCCAGCCCAACACCCAGAUUCUCUCGGCACAAGACCUGGCUAAUGGUAUACGACCGCACUACUGCGACUCGAUGAUGCAGGGAGCCCAGGGCCUCGACGCGGGGACCGUCACGUACGCCUCGGACGCGAGUGGAAGCCACACGAGCAAAAGCACCAACGGCAACAUAAUCACCCUGACCCUCAAGAACAAUCACCUCAUCGUCGAAACGGAGGAGCGAGCGGUGACCAUGGAAGAUUCGAGAAGCAGAAAGUUUCAGGACAACGGGUGCUCGGUGAUCGUCGAGGUGCCACCGAGCUACGGUAGAGAAGAAACCGCGGGUAGUGCAGAGUCGAACGAUGACAUCGACGCCCAAGUGACCGAUCAGCAGGCCCUGGUUCAUCGCGAGGAAAUAUCCGAGGAUCGCCGCUGCGACUUUGACAAGUCAAAGCUGUUCGGCAGCACCAACACCGGACUGUCCCAGUCGGACCUCUCGAUCUGCAGCCAGGGCUCCGUGAACCCCAGCUACAGAUACGGCAACCAGCUGGAGUACGAGGCCGACUCCUUCGGCUACUCGGCGAUGUACGGAGCCGGUGGUAGCGGCACCAGCAAGCCACAGACCAGCAACGGCAGCGCCACCCUACUGAAGCCCGAGGUGGCCUCGGGCACCACCAAGUGGGUCGAGUUCGACAGGUCACCCGACACCGAGGCAACACCUCCAACCAAAGACCCCAGAAACGACUCGACGGAGCCGCAACAGCAGCUGAACGGUACGGCGCCGAACGAUCUUCUUCUGGCAGUCGAGGUGGGCUCGGGUAGCACCAAGCCAGUGAUAACCGGGGCCAUCCUCAAGGACGAGGCGAGCCUUCAGGAGGAGACGUUCCAGGAGCAGCAGCGCAAACUCGGCAACGGCACCCUCACGCCCGAACGCCCCGCCACGGAGGACGGGACGCCCACCCUCCCGGAGUCGAGGAACGGCGACGCGGGGACGAGGCAGGAGGGCAGCACCUUUGGGCCGGGCCACAAGCGCUCGGGCAGCAUACCACCCCGGCUGAUAGAGGAGGGCCUCGAGCCCGAGUGCAGGAAGCACCUCGACAUCUACAGCCAGAUAAAGACGAGCACAAAGGGCAUGCUGGUGGGGCUGAGCCCCAAGUUCGAGCUGCUCGAGAACGAGGCCAGCCCCGUCGACGACAAGGAAGCGAGUUAAUCCGUCCUCGGUCGCCCCACCUGCUCUCGAUGCGACUGACGUUAUCAUUUAACGU